GAUUGAUGCAUACUGUCGAUUAUCGAGCUGUGUUUUAAUCGUUUUAAUCACCCUGAUACACAUCAGUUGUUUGGACCCGAUGCUGGAUAGCCGUAACAAUAGUCGAAGGUGCGAUCAUAUGUGCAUCCAUCUUAUCGGGAGUUCUUCGGCCGCACUCGACUAAAGUUCACAGAAACAAAUUGUCCGUGAAAAUGUGACAUACUUCAACGAAUGGAGAACAAUGGAGAGCUCCGACACAGAGGAGCGACUACCCGUUUUAGAAGCGGACGAUGUCUAUGUGCAGAUGAAGAAGCAGUACCGGGUGUCUCGGUAUAUUCGUGCCCAGUGGUUCGUUAAUCAUUUAGGCAAGACCAUCCAGCCAAAACAGAAUGAGGAAUUUGAAGAAGAAAUUGAGGUGCUCUCGGUUCUUCCAAAGAACUGUUCGGCAUCGUGGAGCCCGGCCACGUCUCACCAGUUCUCGUACUUGGUUACCUCUGCAACAAAGGUCACCUUCUUGGCUAAGAAGUACAGAUUUGUUUUCUGUCUUGACCUCAGUGCCUCCAUAGCUACAGUGGACAUCCAAAAUGAAACUCUGCUGUUUGAUGAAGUAUUCCCGGCACUGGAACAGUGCAUCGAAAGUAUGGUCAUGCCGUUUCAAGUGCCAGGUAGUUGUAUCUCAUUCCAACCUGAGCUGUACAUCACAGUCAUAGCAUGCGUUCCUCACUAUACUCCAGCAGUCCAACAAGUUCUCAUUCAAGGGUGGCCCUUAACACGAUAUAACAAGCAACUGUUCUUGAAACAUGUUGCCGAUGGCCUCCUGGACAUAUCGGAAGUGCUGGCAAAAGCAACGGCUGGUGUUGCUGAGUUGCACGAACACAUAAAGCUGCAGUCUGAAAAGCUGACAGGGGGUUUGUUUGAAGAGUUGGAAGAGCAGGCAGCCCUGUCGGCUCACGUCAACAUGACACCGUCAGACAUGAGCACGCUCAACAUGCUCAAGUAUGGCAUGUUGGCGCUCCAACUUCUUCCCGAGAACAGCAGUGCAGGCAUUGUGGUGAUAACUGACGGAAUGAUCAGCCUGCCCAACAGCAUCCAGCUGGAAUCUCUGCUGACUAGCCUGCGCACCAGCACUGUGGCAUGUUCUUUCUUUCAACUGGGCAGCCGAUACCAUGCUAAAAACUGCCUGGGUUUUGUGCCUUACGACGACAUAAUGCGUUUCAUCGCCCGUGCCACGUUUGGAGCUUUCCUCGACUCUGUGCUUCACUUGGAUGACUCGGCAGAACCAGGCAACGUGAACGUGUUCCACAAGGCCCUACUAUUUUGGAGUUUCCAAGAAGAAUCGAUCAAUCGACGUCUCUCGCUGUCUAAAGACCUCGGCCCGUACUUGGACUUUGCACUCGCUGAGAGUGGAAACUUGGAGCAGUGCCAGAACAUUCAGCCGCUUCGAAAGAAGAAUUCUGAUGGAACUUUAAGCACUUCAUUGUGGAGCAUCCUCUCCUGCAAGCUCCGAGAGGGCUACGCACUCAGAAACAUUUCGGCUGCUAAAGGUGAAAUUGAAGUUAGACUCGUCUUGCCGUGGAAGUUUGAUGUCGACGUAGAAUAUGUCGUCACGGUACCGUGGCCUUCACAGUCGAGAAGGGAGUCGUUGGACAGUUCUCCUCUACAGCAGCGUCCGAUCUGUUCUUACGAAGUGUACGUCGAGGCAAGCUACGAGUUUCUGCACGAUGUCACCUGCGAGUACUUCAAGCCCAAUAAGCCCAGGAGUAUCUGCCGUAUCACCGUAGCGCAGCAGUACUGGAAUGCCCUUAAAAACAUAUCGUCGACGGAUCAGUUCCUGGUGCACUUGCACUCUUUCAACCAGAACCCGGCCUACUACACUGUGCCAGACAGCAUCCGGAAUGGAGUCCCACUAUUUGUCAUUCCCCACAAUGGGACACAUCCUGUCCUCUCUUCUAAGAGCAACUGUGCCUAUGCUCAAUUUGCGACGUUCUGGAAGCUUAUUGCCGUGCUGGACAUGAACAUUUGGCAACGGUGGAUGCACGUGCAUCGUGUGGGUCUCCUGCUGGAACACGACGUUCCCUUGCCCCGUCAUCUUCAGCAGGCAAACAGCAGCGGCCGUUAUGACACAGUCCAGUGUCGUCAGGUGCUCAACCGACUUGCUGCACUUCUCAGGGACACCACUUCCUUUGUUCUAGUCGAAAACCACUGCUACGUUGGAUUUCUCCAGGGGGACGGGGACAAACCUCCGGUGUCCUUCUACGUCAUCCGAGUUACGUACAAGGCCCCGUGCAUGGUCAUCCGCUUCGCCUUCUUGGGCGGCACGCCCGGAGAACAACGUAACGCUAUUGUGAAGAGCCUGACAGAUGAGAUCCUGGGUCUGGAGUUUAGCAGGCGUGCAUCCAAGGGUGCAGUGAGUGGCGAAAAUGGAGAUGCUGUCGUGCACGGUCAGAGACCUUAUAAGAAAGUGCACUGUUGCAUUCAGUUCAGGAAACCUCUGGAAAGGAUCCUCAUCAGGCACGAACGUGUGCCUCGUGACAUCAUGAGCCCUGCAGCUGUGAUUCCUCCCCACGAUAACCUUGUUGCCAGCAUGGGGGGAUCCAGGAAAGCUGGGCACGGUGCAGGUAAUCCGCAGGGUGCAGUGGAUCCGACGAGCCAACUGAGCCGUUACCUGCACCACCGCCGCUGGGUGUGGACGAUACAGCAAUGCCCCAAUGUGCCCUUGCCACUGCAUGCUGUCACGAGAGUACUUAAGACGCUCACAAAGAUACGGCUUGAGGAAGGAUUCCACUUUGCGCACUCCAGCUCGGGUAUUCUCAAUCUCGCACUGGAAAUCCAAAUGAAGAACGCCAUGCUCUGUGAUGCCGUCAACGUCACGUUGCCGUGUGUGGUGCAGUAUAUCCUCUUUCCUCCUCACUCCAACACUACCAUCAGAGAGAGUGUGUCAGAUGACGAAGACAAUGAAAUGGAGACUGCUGAAGCCGAUGGAGAAUUACAGCUUGUGACAGAAUGUUGGGUGGAACCACAGUGCGGAGUCGUCGUCGACUGUCCCCUGCCCACGACUUACCUUGCCGAGAAGAACUACCGUGACAUACCACAAGCUCUCUACGAGAUGGACUUCGAGUGCAUAGCGUCGCUCAUCACCUUAGAGCACCUCAAUCUGGCCUGCGUCAAGGGAGAGCUGGCAUGUCCAGGUCCCAUAACGCCGCAACCUCUCGUAACCCCUCCCACUACCCCGGCCCUGGAUUCUCUGGGACAACCUACCGGACUGCGUUCUACCCCGGACCUUACGCUUUCGCAGGCGGGAUUGUUUCAGGUGAAACCAACGACCCCUGAACCAGUCGUGAUCCCUGUGCCAUUCUCAUUCAGCAUAAUGAAACUACUUCCAAAGUGCCAGCAGGCAGAAGCACUCUUCUCAACUUUCAGUCUGAGUACACACGGCAAAAUCUCUCGGGAAAACAUCGCGGCUGUUCAGUCUCGCUCCAACGAUCUGCUGCUCCAACAUUUUCUCGAAGCAAUGCAACACCUACACGAUCGCGAACUGCCCCUCUCACGUGAGGAAAUGGCGAUGCUUCCACUCGAGAUCUACAACAGGCCACGUGAUGUGCGUCUGCAUCCCCUGCCGUUCUCAUCGCCCUUGACACCCAGUUCGCCGCCAGAGUGGCGUUGCUUUGUUCGAAGCUUUUCGGGUGCGGAUGCAUCGGGCCAUCCAGCCACAAACUCUCACGUGCUGCUGACUUUUAUGCCAAGCUCAUACCACGAGCUGUUACAGCUGAUGGUGGAAGGCUCGGAAGAUCGUGAAGGAGAUUUGCUGGAUGCACAGAGGAACAAUAGCCUGUCGUCAUGCGUGGAUGGUGGCAGCGUACAGCUGUGUUCGACUCCGCUUCUCGAAGAUGGGGUUGCGUUUCACAUUCCUGCCAUGCAGCGGGUUGAAGAAACGAUAAAGGAUGGGGAAAAUGUGGGUGACGCUGAUGCAGAGGAGGAACAAAGUAAAUCAGAAGGUGAGGCUGUCAGCACAGUGAAGCAGUGCAUACCGUUGCCCGUGUACAUCUACGACGCCCCCGUCUCCGCUGUGAUUGGACGCCUCGUUUACCAGGGUGGUGUAAGAAGAUGGAAGGACGUCUACCUCGAUCUUACCAUGGCACCAGAAGUGUUACCUGGAAGCGAUCAAGCUUGCCAGCAGAAUCAGACAAGUGAGGAUGCCGUAAGCCAUAAAACCUUGUCACCAGAACCGAGAUCCGAUGACUCGGAGUUCAGCAGCGACUGCAUUAUGGUCAAGAAACAUUGUCCUCUGAUUUGUAAAGCUUUUUCCAGAAGCUUCGUUUACAGCGUCUUUAGAGCACUGCAGGAAGGCCUAACUGUAGACUGCCGCGACGUCAAUGCAGUCGUGGAAGACAUGUGCGAAGAAUCAGUCGUCACCAUCGACAUAACAGAGUUUCUGCAAGCAACGUGUGGGCACACGCGGGACUUUCGCAUCAAGACCACCGUGGAACAUUCUCAUCGCGCUCUUCAGGAGCACGCAGAACAGUCUGCUCAUGGGGAUGACAAAGAAGGUCCUUCUCUUACUGAUGAAAGCCUGAGUAGUCUGUUCCCAGUGAGCCUCCUUGAACGGCAUCAUCCUUGCGAAGUAGUGCAGCAGUUGCACCUUAGCAUCAAACAGCGCUUUCAAGAAGUGCUGCAGGAAGUCUUUCAACCUGUUCCUUCUCGCCCGGACUACUACUACUAUAGUCCGCCACACAAGGAGGAACGCGAGCUUCCUGCAAAGGAGAACAAGGAGCCUGUGGCCAACCCAGAAGGAGAGCUCAGUGACUGGAAUGAUAUGGACACAGACACGGACAAGUCGCAAAAUGUCGAAUUUUGUGCAGAUGCUCACAGAGCUGAAGAGCCUAUCGCAGCGGCGGAUGGUGCGGAAAAGAGGGCUUUGCCAGAUAUAACGAGCCUAGGGUCUCGUGCCACGGGUGCCGAAUCCUCCGCUGCAUCAGCGAGGUCAGUGAUGGGUGACACAGAGGAAGGAGAUGAAGAUGAGGCCAUGGAAACGAUUCGCGAAGCGGAGCCAUUUAUUCCUCCCCUGUUUGGACACCUGACGUGUUUGAUCAAAACAGCCGGUGCUGUUGGAACAUGCUCACUCACAUCGUUACCCACCUGCCUCGGUGAAGUGAUCAACUGCCUCGAAAAUUCUCAGCCAAUGUUAGACUUGGAAAACAUGAAAGUCCAGCUGGACCUGCUCUGCUUGACACUCCCGCCAGACUUUGAGAUGUUACUUACAAGUGGCCUGGUACGGUCGUCAACUUAUCGCAGCGACUCAUCAGUCAACUUGGAUGAGCACAGUGAAGAUGAUUCUCACAGCAUUGCAUCGAGCGGUUUUCAAGUCGAGACUUCAAGGGAUCCGCUGUCUCAUCUGCCAGAGUUUCAGAACCAGGUUAUCAGCAAGUGUGUAGAAAAGGUGAAAUGGAUGCUGCGUGAUGAAGUUUCAUCGGCAGCCCUCAGGAACUACCCACUGACGGCAGCAAUGUUGCGCAUGGUAACGGAUCACGUAGAAAGUACUUCCAAUGCACGCAGUACUACACGGCUGCACGCUGCUACUGGUGCUCCAGGAUGUCAGGUAGAAAGGGUGUCGCUGCAGUUUGUAUUUGGGCCCGAACAGAGCUUCGAUAAGUUCCUGCAGGAAUUCAAGCACCUGUCACUUCCCAGUUAUAGACUGGAGCAAGCAGACGACGAAUUUUAUUACGUCGUUCUAGAUACGGAGGCGUCCAAAGUGAGACGCCGCCAGUUUGGAUCUCUCAUACCUCCAUUGGGUGUGUGUAGCAAAGAUCUGAUAAUACCUCUGGAGCCUCAUCGCCAUGACAACACAACUCUGGAGGAAGAAACGUCCCCAAUUCGUAAACUAUCCCUUCCGGAAGGCAUGAGACCCCCAUCAAAAUUGUCAGAUGAGGACGAAUCCGAAGGCGGAAGUGGCAGACGACAGGAGGCCUUCCGAACGCGCCGCAAACAGAUGGGUCGUUUGUCACGAAGCAAAGUCGGCGCCUCCCUAGAGGAACGGGCAUCUUCGGUACCACCAGGGGGACAGGACGAAGCGCCCGCCACCGAAGUGCCCCGCAAGCCCGGACAGUCGUGCCCUGCAGAAUUGCUAGAUUUGAAGCGGUCCUUGCAGGAGAGACAGCAAGCCACACACUUGGACAAUGUGGAGACGUGUGCAGCGUCGACGGAGACGAUAGUUCACGCUGAAGAUGGAGACGAUAAUGCCCUGCCUAUUUCUCCUCUGGAAUUGACUGACAUGUUUCGGGAAAGAGUAAACAGCAUCGCUUCAUCCUGCCAUGGUGGAGAGGUGUCACAAGUGCUGCAGAAUGUGGCACCGACAGUCAAGUCUUCAGGGAGCAGCAGUCGGCCCCAGGAUUCCACUCGCUCCACACCAAAUGUCUUCAGCGAACCUGAUGUUGGAGGGCAAGUGAGCAACACUGAGGACGGAUACGAAGGUGACAGCAGUGAAUCAGACAGUGACUUGGAUUGGAUGAACGCUCUGGAUACAAAGAGGCCCCACCUGCCUCCGUUCUGGCUAAUCUUAUCUCCCUAUCCUGGUCACGUGGAUAUUUUCUUUCACAUCAGGGAACAACCUGAAGACAGCACAGACCUGAGACAUGGACUUGCAGUGUUUGAAGAUGUUUCGAAGAUGAUAAAUAGCAUCUGUAAAGUUGUUAACCAGAUGCUGUUGCUGCAGCACCUCAAUGAAUCACGUAUGUGUAACAGGCUUCUUGUUCCCGAGGCAACGGAAGACAUAUGGAGUCAGGACACUGGCUUGGAUGCGAUGAACUCCUUUCAGUUGGGUUAUGAUGCUGACUUAAUGGACAACCAAGGGGACUACCUGGAGGCAACUCGAAAAUUCAAACCUGGUGCUUUCGACUGCAGUGUCGUCUGGUCCAGCCAUUUCAGUCUCCAUCCACGGCUCAAUACCGGUACAGGGCGCACCGGUGUUUCAAGAGGACUUCAGGCACUUCGAGCUGUCCUCACAGGUUUCUCAGUGAACAACCGCAAGAAUAUGUUUGUAUAUCAAGAGAGCCCAGGAUCCGUUUUUUACCUCAGACUGCACGAGGUACAGUGUAAUGGAAGACAUGGCCAUGAGGACGACGCUUCAUUUUCGGCUGGAUCGAGAAGCUCGUCUGUGCUGAGCCUUGCACAGACGCAGCGAAAGACUAUGUCGGAGCCAGAGGAAGAUUUUGAUUUUCGUCCACGACUCAGCUCGGGCCACUCAGAUCGUGACCAGUCCCAUGACACCAUCAGCAUCGUGUCUCACACUUCUGGCAACAGAGGACGGCAGUGUGUUGUCAUGCACGUGCAUGGAAUCACCCAACCAGGUUUUGCAAUCAAAGGAGACUUGGUGUCUGUGAUGCAGAAUAAACUUGACGACGCGGUUCUCGAGGUCUUGACGACCACCCUCGGCAGAAACCCAGCUUGCAACCUUACGCUUGACGAUGUCCAGUUCGUUCAGAAGCCUCACAAAGAACCAACUGCGCAGCUGUUCUGUACGGUGCAUUCGCAAUUGCUUCCAUACUUGCAAGCAAUCAUGGAGUACCUGCGGCAAAACUUGCGCACCUAUUUGCACAUUCCAAAGUACACAGAUCCAAGACCCGAGUGCCACUUCAAGCCCUACAUGAGCCAAAUAAAUCAUCCACCUUGCCACAGGGAUGACGACGUAUUCCUGUUCAACAGGUUCAAAGCAAUGGGGACACCCAGUAACGGUAUUGCAUGUAUAAUCGUGUCUGUGGUGGACGGCAAUGGGCGCCUGGUCCAACAACUGAGCUGCCCGAAGCCCACUUUCAACACGCACGUAGGGAAUGCCGCUCCUUCCGAGUACAAGGAUGUUACAUUUAAUUCAAGUUACGAAGUCAAGAGUGGCACAAGAUCCCCUCCAGGUCCAAUUGCAAUGAUCAGGUUUCAGAUCUGGUGUGUUGGAAAGGAUUAUCUCGACCAGUUAGAGAAGAAGUUAGAAAACUCAGUACGCCACGCAUUUUGGGAUGUACUUAUGGAAUAUCAUCUGCUGACAUGCCCCGUGACUUGUGAAGCGGACGAUGAACCUGCCUCGUUCAGUGAACCUCCAACGCCUGUCAAAGUUCGACGUUCCGGACGUGUUCUCGCAGAAAAGAUGCGAGAGAAGCCAUUUCUGAUGAGCAUGUUCACGCCACGAAGCAAAGAAAUGUCUUCCUCAGUGCCAGACAUGAUGGAGAAGUUGAAAUCUCCUAGAGAGAACAGCACAGAAUUUGAUUUUUCAGAUGCCCUUUUUAGUGAUGCAUCACAGUUUCCUCCCCUUGUGGCUCGUUCUGGUGGGUCCUCAUUGGACGCGGAAUCUGGUGACGUUCACGAGUCAAAGAAACUCAACGGCACAUUUCACCAUGCCAUGCGUCCAUUCUUUGAUGGUGCUGCGAGCGUUGGUGUUCCUUCUGUAGUUGUACACAAAUGCUGCAUAAAGGCACGCCGAGCCAUUCCGCUCAUGCUGAAGGAACUUCAGCUUGGACUCAGGAACCUAGCACCUCAUAUCACACUCAGUAUGUUCAUUGAGAGAACUCAGAAGAGUCGCACAGAGUUUCUCCUCUUUAACCCUCUAGAGAAGCAGUACAUGUUUCCAGAGAGGUACGAUGAUGAUGUACCAGGUACCCAAAGACGCUACAUCGUGAUUGGUAGAAACCUGAUCCAGUGGAAGGCAUUUGUGGGUCUCUCGGACUUAAGUUCAUUCCUGGAUGCCGCGAGAGGUGCUAAAAGCCACAAAUCGAUGCAGCUGUUUGAAUCGCAACUUCUCUCCACCUCAUCGAUGCAUCUCGACAGACCUGUGGAACACUGCAUCUCACUGUCAACAAGAACUCCAGGUACUCCGAUAUCUGGUCCACCAUCAGGCAUGGCGUCCCCAUCGGGAGAACCUUUAAAGCUUUCAGAACAGGACCUGACAUCACCCGUGUUUGUGCCGAGACAGCAGCUGCUGUUUCUGGUUGUAGAGGACAAACAUCUCACUCUCUACCUCUACAACUGGACAUCGGAGAUGAGUGGCGGACUUUUUCGACUUGUCACUCAGCUAGCCGAGUGGCAUAACCUUAGGAGGGACUUCCUCUACAGCGCCGCUUAUCAGAAACUGGGACUGUUUUUCAACCAACCCAUUGCACGCAGCAUUAAGGAUGGUUCGGCAGAGUCCAGAUCAGCUGCCACACGACUGCAGGUGCCCACAUUAGGUGGUGGAGCCCCCGUUCUCAGUGCAGCGACGUCACCUGCAGCUGCAACUAACCCAUCGGUCCUGUUGGAACAUAUUAUUAACCGGCACCAUCCGCCGAGCCGAAAUCAGGACACUGUCCUUUCUUGUGCCACGCAAAGCGCACUUUCAGCGCAAGUAGCGCACGUACUAUGCAACACACGGCCGAGAUGCCCCAUGCACAAGUCCGGUUACGCCGACCAAGACGAUCCGGUCGUACGGCACGGCAAGCAGAUAUUGGAAGUACGGGGGCUCAAACGGAAAGAUUUAAUAGAAUUCAACCGCAUCUACGACGACAAGGGUACUUGUGCAAACCUCCUGAACAUGGAAAAGAUGCUAACCCUUGUAAGACGAGAGGCUCGCUUGGUUCACUUCUGCCAGACUCCGCUUCUGUUCAAUCCAACAUGGAGGAUACGGGUGGCACAGGUACGAGACCAUACACUGGAUCCCCAUGGAACUUUCUUCGAAGGAUGUCCCAUUGAACACAACCCAAAUCAGAGAGCGCGGCACAGUUCUGGAGGUAGCCAGAAGAGCAGUGGCGAUGGCAGUCGUAUGCGUCGUGCUAGCGGCGCCCCCUCCAUGUCGGGGCAGAGUUCCCCGAAGCAUCGUCGCUCGGCCAAUGAAGAAACAUGGCAUAUGACCGUCUGCAGCCACUACAUUCAGGAGUACAUUCAGUACCUCCAAAAUCUUGGCUUUGUCGCCAUUCAGACAAAACAUGCAUCUUCGAGGAAGUCGAGCAUGGUGUCCAUGCGCCGUGCGAGCAGAGACGCAGACGUUGGGACAGCGUUCCCCAAAAAGGUGGUUGGGGGCAGUGCGCUUGCCGGAGCGGAGCUUCCUCGUCACUGCCUUUUUCAGUGGCACCUGGGGGGUCUCUACUUCUUCGAGGUUGGCUUCUGUGACCCCUAUGUCUUCUGCAAUCUUUACACCGUAGAACGGCCACGACUGCUGUCGAGCGGAACGUCGUUUUACAUGUCGCAGAUUACCUCUGAGUUCAUCGAGGACAUGGACAAGAUUCGGGUGAACAUGCACAUGCACUCGUUCACUUACGACUACCACUUGCGAACGAUCCACUCCUACGUGUCGGGGCAGCAGCUCCUUUUCAAGCAUGGCUACCACCUUACAAGUUUCCUGGACGAUUUUGUCAAAUACUAUCAGAAGUCGCCCAACUACGCACGGAACCUCAUCUAUUCAGGAUCUGUCAGCAUUCCGACCAACACUGUUGAUCCCAAUCAGCUGUACAACUACAUCAUUGGGCACAACAAAGCAUACGCCAUGAAAGUAAUCCGUAUGGUACCUGUCGUCUGCGAUACUGAUGCUGACGUGGACACUGAGUACGCAUUGGUAGAGAUCUCCAGCAAGAAGGUCAGCUACCGCGACGCCAAUGACGUUCAGCAGACUGACAACUUUUUUGUGGGGAUCCUCACCAUUCAAGACGCUUCACCCGCCCACAUUGAUCGCAAAAUCCUCUGCCUCAACUAUUACAUCCUGUUGACGAGCCAGCGAGAACUCUUUCCGAAAUUCACGAGCGUUGGACCUCAGGUUGCGGCUUGUUCCACUGACGGAACUCAGGAUGAUGCCAAUGGAUGUUUCCGCCCAGUUAGGCUACCAGGUGUGUCAUGGUCACAACCUACAAGUCGAGCUCCUUCGCGUCGAAGCUCUGCCGUAUCUUCUCACCCAAUAGAGAGGGUGAAAUCCUCGCAGCAGAUCACGACGACGGAAGAAACCAACAUUGGAGUAUCUGGAGCAUCAUCAUCAUCAUCUCUGCACGGCACUGGAAGUGGCACCAGGUCACGGAGGGGUUCCUUCCGAGGCAUCUGCGAAGAGGAAGUUGCCUACCUUGGGUAUUACAGUAAUCACGAGACACUCAUGCAAAAGGUGAUGUCAGAGCAAUCAUCCACGGUUGUGGAACACCUGCAACAUGUCGUCAGGAGAGCAUCCCUGCACUGUCGACGCGACUACCUUUGGAAGUGCCUCACAGUUCGUAGCAAGUCAUCGGACGAUGCCAGUCAGGGCCUCCGGGAGUCCGCGGCGCGCCUGCCACCAAUCAGCUUUCUGGAGUUCACGGAGCUCCUAGGAUUUGUGGAGACAAGCCGCCUGGACGAGACGGACCCUCAGCUGACGCCAUUCCUUACCAUGCAUUUUGCUUGGUACCAGGGGCUGCGGAAAGUCCUCGCCAGUCAUUACAACGAAUCCAUCUCUGUGUUUCACAGUCCAGAUGGCAGUGUGCAACAUGUAGUUGUAACUUCUGCAGGUUGUCCCGACUCACUGAUACUGUUGACGACAAAUACUCAGACCUAUCGCGCGGAUCUACAAAUUGUGCAUCGUGAGAAAUCUCCCCCUGAGCGGACAGGCAGCGAGAAACCGCACCCUCGACUCUGCACCCUUCAUCCUUUGAUCGAGGAAUUUAUCAACGCAUGUUGUUUUCACCUUUGGGCUGGGCUACUUGCAUGAUUGUUUCUCUUUGCUCAAUCUCACUCACGCGAUCGCAUUGUCGGGGUACAUCAUCACGGUACUAUACUGUAAAGCCAUAGCAGCUAGUCGUAAUUGUAAUAUAUGUACAUUUGACACUGAGGGUAAUAUUUUGCUGUUGAUUCCAUAUUUUUGAUUUAAGACAAUGUUUACCAAAGUCACUGCAGAGACAAAACUUGCUCUGCUUCGCUGUGUAAAAUACGUCUGUUCCUGUGCCAUGUUUUAAAGAUUGUGGUAUAUAAUGUAAUAUGCUUUACUGGAAAUAUAUGUAUAUAGUGAACUGAAA